UGAUUCAUGCAGCACAGUGCAGCACGUCGUUUGGCAAUUCAGCCAUGGAUCGAUGAAGCCCUUGCGAAGCAAGAGUUGAAGUCGGUGUCGAAGCCAAAAGAUGGCUCGGACAGUCGUCCGGCAAGGGGCGGAUGAAGCCGAGUCCAAGAGCGUGGGGAAGCCCAAGGCCAAUGGAGCCAAAUCAGCAGAAGCCGCUGUUCAGGAGCUCGUCAACACACAUGGUCAGGACUUGCUCCAACCCGAGCAGAACAGGCUGCUGUCCCCGUUCCAGAUCUUUUUCUCGCAGAACCAUAUCCGGUCUGAGUUCCAGGAUGGACGUGCCGUGGACCUCGCGGUGCAGUCCAUCCGUUCCAGCAGGAUUUCUGCCAGUGAGGAUCCCCAGUACGAGGACUUUGGUGUGCCAACAGACUCCGACUGGUGGCUGUUGCAGCCCGAGUUCCCAGAAAUCGAAGUCAUCCUCUGGCGGAUCAAGCUUCGAGAGGAGGACGGUUCUCAGUUGUUUGACCAGGAAGGCAACGAGCUCUAUGGAGACCGAGAGUGGUACACCUUAGACAAUCGCAGGCUCUACUGCUUGCAGAGAGCAGCUGUUUCGCUAUAUCCCAAAGAGGUCAGAAUCUUGGUGAAAGUCGUUCGACAAGAGGAUGGGAGCUGCAGAGAGUUCCGGAAGUUCCGCUCCACCGACCGUGGGCGCAGCAUCCGCUUGGGGCAUAAGGAUUCUCCAGAUCUUCCGCGCUGGUGUUGGCGCUUGGAGGUCGGCCUUUGUGAAGAGCUCCUACCAGCUGGCUCUCCUUUACCCAGGCAGGGGAGAAGACGAGAACGUCAAGGAUGGAUGCGGCGCCAGAAAAGGGCAGGGGCCAGGGAUGACGAGUCAGAGACCACCUGGGGUCAACACUUGGCUAACGCUUCCCUUUUCGUACUGGUGUAUGCCGCCAUGCGUUUGAUCUUGGCCGUUUGGCGUUUCUACCUCUCGGACGUGCCGAGGCCGCCCAUCAGCACGUGAGGCGCUGAAGGAACAUGCGCGAAAGCGCCACGGUCAGAAAGCGGGUGCAGGGCAG